AUGGAAACCAGUCUCCCCACAAUCGACUCAGAGCUCAUGUGGGACAGCCAUACGGACGAAGAUCUUGGAGACUUACUCGACUUGAUAAUGAAGAACUCUCUGCCAAAUACUAGUAGCUUUCUUAAUGGCGAGUCGAUCGAAGGAACGUCUAGAGCCUCGCAAUCGGUCUCAACCAUGAGCCAAGACAGUUUCUCGCUGGACGACGUCGAAUGGAUGCCACAUCAUGGGAGCAGGAGUUUAUUGAGAAAAAUACAAGCGAUCAUCGACUUACAGCCAGGAUUUCAUUGCAUGGAUGACAGGGAAUCUAGUGAGAAUCUUUCAGAAAUCAUUCAACGUCAACUGAUAAUGGACGAGGUUCGGGCAAAGUUAGACGCUUCGACAAGAAGGGUAUACGCACGACGUUACGGUCGGGAUGCGGCCGUUCGCAGGCAGUCGGGGCCGUCACUUUUCGUCCCACGAAGACAGGGAAUUGAGAUGCCACCGUCUUACUUGGCUCUUAUCGAAAAAAUGAACCCGAUCCUUUUCGACGAGAUCCAUGAUGGCGAAAUGAAUCAGUUACCUAUUCCACCUGAUGAUGUCGCGUGA